CAUUAGAUGCCGGAAAAAGUGUCACAUGUGUCAACCAACCUCUGUCCUCAGUCUUGCUGAAUGUGCACCCAGCUACUUUUAGGUAAUUCAUUAUUUUAAAAAAGCGAAUGGAAAUGUAUAAGGACGCAUUAACUGAUUAAUGGGCGUUGGCUAUUUUAAUUAUUGUGUCGUAUUUAUUAUGAAUACGGUGCAUUUGAAGCUCAGGUCCUUGACACUUUGGUUUAUUAAAGGCAGAACUAUCUCUGCUGGCCCUCCGCCUGUCGCACGCUGUGAUUUUCCUUUCCACCGGACUGUUUUCCAGUUUUUCCGAACAAUGGCUACAACUAGUAAUAAUAACCCGGAGACUAGGCAGCCGCUGGGCUUGAAGAAAGCCAAGCAGAAGGAGCCGCUGCGACGGGUGAAGACCAAAGAGAACAGGAACAAACGAGGAGACGUUCACGGACCAUCCACGGUGUACCUGCAGGUGGUCGGUGCUGGAAGCAGAGAUAAUGCUGCGUCAUUGUAUGUCUUCUCCGAGUACAACAGAUACCUGUUCAACUGUGGUGAAGGAACACAGAGACUCAUGCAGGAACACAAACUGAAAGCUGCUCGAUUGGACAACAUCUUCCUGACCAGACUGAGCUGGGAGAAUGUGGGAGGUUUAUCAGGGAUGAUAUUAACCUUGAAGGACACUGGUGUUCCAGAGUGUGUUCUCUCUGGACCGCCACAGCUGGAGAACUAUCUGAAUGCCAUCAAGUCAUUUUCUGGACCACUGGAAGACAUCAAGCUGUCGGUUCGACCGUACACUGAAGAGACGUACACGGACGAUACAAUGACAGUUUAUCAAGUGCCUAUAUUUGCCCAGUUGAGGGGUGACGGCAGAAAGCUCUCCCCCAAGUCGGGCGGGAGCAGCCCCUCUUGUAGCCCUCCCUCUCCCAGGAGGGACGACAUCCACACUGACAGUCCAGACAGUCCAGGUGAAAGACGAAAAGCAAGUCGAGAUACCUCUUUGGCGGUUUCCUUCAUAUGUAAGCUUCACCCCAAGAAAGGGAAUUUCUUAGUCGCUCAAGCCAAGGAGCUUGGUUUGCCUGUAGGCACAGCAGCAAUCGGUCCACUCAUAGCAGCAUUGAAGGAUGGGAAAAGUGUCACGUAUGAAGGCAAAGAGAUCCGGCCGGAGCAGGUUUGUACUCCCACUGACCCAGGACCAGUCUUUAUUAUCGUCGAGUGUCCGUCUGAAGAGUUUGUCGAAGCUCUUUGCACCAAUCGGCAGCUGAGAAGAUACCAAUCAGGCGGGACGGAGGACCCUGCUGCGUUGAUUGUUCACAUGACUCCGGAGUCUGUUUUGACAACAGAUCAAUACAAGAAGUGGAUGGAGAGCUUUCCGUCCACAACUGAACACCUGAUCCUUAACGAACAAGUCUGUACAGUCCACAAUGUCAGAAGUCACAAGAUCCAAGCUCAGCUGAACAUGAUUCACCCAGACAUCUUUCCAGAACUCAAGUCUUACAAAACAAAGGAGGCGCAGGCUGCCCUGCACGUCCCCAACGUCAGAGCCGAGUGUCUGCUCAAGUUCCAGCUCAGACCUGUAAUGGAGUGGCAAAGAGACGCCAUCCCCUCCUGCAACGCUGCAGAGUUUGUGAAAGAGGCUUCUGAGGUCCCAAACUUUCUGGAAGAAGUGGACAAGUGCAGGAAGAUUUGCUCCACUGACGCUGCAGAGCUUUCUGGGCAAAGAGAAAAAUACCCGGAGGUGGUUUUCUUGGGAACAGGAUCAGCUCUUCCGAUGAAGAUCCGAAACGUCAGUGGCACUUUAGUUAAUAUCAGCCCGAGUCAGUCCGUGUUGCUGGACUGUGGCGAGGGAACCUUCGGUCAGCUCUGCAGACACUACGGGGACGCUGUGGACCAUGCUCUGUCCAAGAUCUCAACCGUCUUCAUCUCACACAUGCAUGCAGACCACCACACAGGGCUGCUCAUGUUGCUGUAUCAGAGGGAAAGAGCACUGACAACGUUAGGGAAGGCGUUCAGCCCGGUCUUCCUGGUGGCUCCGGUCCAGAUCAUGACCUGGCUCAACCAGUAUCACGAUUACUGCGAGGAGAUCCUCAACCAUAUCAACCUCAUCCCUAACAAAGCUCUGUGUGACGGUGCCGAGGUGCCCAAGCAGAGGACAAAGUCGUUCAUCCAAGCGCUGUUGAAGAAGAAUGAGCUGGAAAAGUUCCAGACGUGCAUGGUGCGUCACUGUAAGAACGCCUUCGCCUGCAGCUUCACUCACCGCUCAGGCUGGAAACUGGCCUUCUCUGGUGACACCAUGCCCUGCGAUGCGUUCGUACACACAGGAAAUAAUGCAACCUUACUGAUCCACGAGGCCACGCUUGAAGACGGGCUGGAAGAGGAAGCUGUAGAGAAAAGACAUAGCACAACCUCCCAGGCCAUCGGUAUCGGCAUGAGGAUGAACGCCGAGUUCAUCAUGCUGAACCACUUCAGCCAGCGUUACGCCAAGAUCCCUCUCUUCAGUGAAGACUUCAACGACAGAGUGGGCAUCUCAUUCGACCACAUGAGAAUUGGCUUUGGGGACUUUAAAAUCCUCCCCAGGCUCAUUCCCGCACUUAAAACCCUUUUCGCCGAGGAGAUCGGUGAGAUGGAGGAGAGGCGAGAGAGGAGGGAGCUGAGACAUCCGAGAGGAAGCAGCUCUGAGGGGAGCAGUGAGCAGAAGACAACCGACGUGGGCCGAAGUGUCAAAAGAGACCAGGAGGAGACAGCGACAAACAGCACACAGACCAAGAGGCUGAAGACCAGCUGAGCCCUGACUGACCAACAGUGUUUAAAACACAUGGACUUAGAACUGAGAGCAUCCUGAGUUCUCUUAUUUAAAUAAGUUAGAUUUUUAUUUGGCUCGUGUGGUUUAAUUGAAGAAAAAGCAUGUAUAUUUCACGUAUUGCAGUGUACAAAGCUCAGCUAUAAUUAUAGUUUUUGUUUUUCAUUAAAAAGAAUAAAAGCAGUACCACACAG